AGUUUACACCUGAAGGAGGAAAAAAACAAACCAGAUGCCAAUGGUGCUGUUGUCAAGGCAGACGACAACAUAGAGAAGACGGAGGAUGAGGAGAAAGAGGACAGAGCUGCCCAGUCCUUGUUGAACAAGCUCAUUCGCAGUAACUUGGUUGACACAACAAAUCAAGUGGAAGUGCUGCAGAGAGACCCCACAUCGCCCCUCUACUCCGUGAAGUCUUUCGAGGAACUGCGACUGAAAUCACAGCUCCUGCAAGGAGUCUAUGCCAUGGGCUUCAACAGACCAUCUAAGAUACAAGAGAAUGCACUGCCUAUGAUGCUUGCUGAAAGCCCACAGAACUUGAUCGCACAAUCUCAGUCCGGUACUGGCAAGACGGCUGCCUUUGUCCUGGCCAUGCUUAGUCGUGUUGAACCCGGGAACAAGUACCCUCAGUGUUUGUGCCUUUCCCCAACAUAUGAGCUGGCGCUUCAAACAGGAAAAGUGAUUGAACAGAUGGGAAAGUUUUAUCCGGAGCUGAAACUUGCGUAUGCUGUCCGGGGCAAUAAAUUGGAGAGAGGCCAGAAGAUCUCCGAGCAGAUUGUCAUCGGCACACCUGGCACCGUGCUGGACUGGUGUUCCAAACUGAAAUUCAUCGAUCCCAAGAAAAUCAAAGUCUUUGUCUUGGAUGAGGCUGAUGUGAUGAUAGCAACACAAGGCCAUCAGGACCAGAGCAUCCGCAUUCAGAGAAUGCUCCCCAGGGACUGCCAGAUGCUUCUGUUUUCAGCCACUUUUGAGGACUCUGUGUGGAAGUUUGCUCAAAAAGUUGUUCCUGACCCAAACAUUAUCAAACUGAAGCGAGAGGAGGAGACACUGGACACUAUUAAGCAGUAUUACGUUCUGUGCAGUAACAGAGAUGAGAAGUUCCAGGCGCUCUGUAAUAUCUACGGCGCUAUCACCAUUGCCCAGGCUAUGAUCUUCUGCCACACUCGGAAGACGGCCGGCUGGCUGGCAGCAGAGCUCUCGAAGGAAGGCCAUCAGGUGGCAUUGCUCAGCGGGGAAAUGAUGGUGGAACAGAGAGCCGCGGUGAUAGAACGUUUCCGAGAGGGCAAAGAAAAGGUGCUGGUGACCACAAACGUCUGUGCCAGAGGGAUUGAUGUAGAGCAGGUCUCUGUCGUUAUCAACUUUGACCUUCCUGUGGAUAAAGAUGGAAAUCCAGAUAAUGAAACUUAUCUGCACCGGAUCGGACGUACAGGUCGUUUUGGCAAGCGAGGACUGGCUAUUAACAUGGUGGACAGCAAGCACAGCAUGAAUAUUCUCAACAGAAUCCAGGAACAUUUCAACAAAAAGAUAAACAAAUUGGAUACCGACGACUUGGAUGAAAUUGAGAAGAUCACUAACUGAAGUACAGCUGCUGGAACUGGUGUGUACCCUGCUGUGGAAGCUCUCCCACUACAAUUGGAUCAGCGUUCAGAUUGGCACGCCUCUCAGCUAGUCCCGAAAAGGACUCUCUUAAGAUAUGAGUACACAAAAAUUACCUCAUUUUAAAAAUUGCAGCUGGACUUCAAAUUGUGCAACUAUGGGGAGGAAGAGGAAAUGUUUACAGAAGCUUUUAACAUUUCUUAGUUUAGCCUUAAAAUGGGAAGAUCUUUUGAAUUCUAAGAAAUACACUUGCCAAAAACGGGCAAGAUGUAAUUAUCUGAAACAAAUUGAAAAAAAAAAGCUUUAUUGCCUUUAAUUGGAGUAGAGUUCAGCAUUAACCUGAUCAGUUAAAAUUCAACAGUCAGAUACCUAAUGGACAUAAG